GGUUCCCUUCCUGCUCCCGAGGGACCCCCUGACUCACCUGCUCACUGCUCCCUAACCCGACCCCCGCGCUUCCCUACCUUCGUGACCCCAGACUCGUCCUUCAGCCUCCAAACCCUGCCCAUGACCUCAGCCCUGGGUUUUUAGAGUCUUGUGACCCCUGAUAUCUUAAUCCCAUCCCCUGACCCCAGGUCUUUGCCUCAGGUUCUCUUUUUCUGGCCCAGGGAGCAGCUGAGGACACCAGUCCUCCCAGUUUGGGCCUCCUUCCCUGUCCUCAAAGACCUCUCAAAGCCCCACAGGACAACUCCACACAUUCCUCGUGCAAGAGAAUGUGUGAUGGGAAUGGAGACUGGCACCUGGGGGUGCAGGAUAGCCCCUCAGCCCCAGUGAAUGUCACCGUCAGACAUCUCAAAGCCAAUUCUGCAGUUGUCAGCUGGGACGUCCUGGAAGAUGAGGUUGUCAUCGGGUUUGCCAUCUCUCAGCAGAAGAAAGACGUGCGGAUGCUGCGCUUCAUCCAGGAAGUGAACACCACCACUCGCUCCUGUGCCCUUUGGGACCUAGAGGAGGAUACCGAGUACAUCGUGCAUGUGCAGGCCAUCUCCAUCCAGGGCCAGAGCCCGGCUAGUGAGCCUGUGCUCUUCAAGACUCCAAGAGAGGCUGAGAAGAUGGCCUCCAAGAACAAAGAUGAGGUGACCAUGAAAGAGAUGGGGAGGAACCAACAGCUGAGGACAGGCGAGGUGCUGAUCAUCGUCGUGGUCCUGUUCAUGUGGGCAGGUGUCAUUGCCCUCUUCUGCCGCCAGUAUGAUAUUAUUAAGGACAACGAACCAAAUAACAACAAAGAAAAAACCAAGAGUGCGUCAGAAACCAGCACACCAGAGCACCAGGGCGGGGGUCUCCUCCGCAGCAAGAUAUGAAACCUUUUCAGUGCUUGCUCUGAGCAGCUCAGAAGAAAGACAUUAGAGAAUGUGAGAGGAUUUCAUGGUUCUGACGAUGAUUAGCCAACAAACAUCUGGCCCUCUCUGCAUCUCCUUCUUCCAUCUCCUUGUAUCCUCGGGCUUACUGUCCUCUCUCUUGGCUUCUCUCUUUCUGGCGCCUUUUCCUGAAGCCUCUUAUUAACUCCCAUCUCCAGAAGCACCUCAACAAUGUCCGUGGCUGAGGCUGUGCCCAGAGGCAGAUCUGCAGGAUGUGAGAGAACCCGCCAGAGGCAUGACUCUGCUGGGGCAGACUGGGUACCAGGGCAAGAGGCCCAGGAUUCAGUCUUGGCCACUCAGCUGAGUUUGAAAAGGCAGAGAAACAAGACUUACAGGCAGGGCUACUCUUUUCUUUCCACAAGGGACAAGAGCCUGAUUUUUUAGGCUGUAACCCUGCUACUCCAUUCCUCUUUCUGUCCUCUCUGUUUCCCACCUUUCAAGAAGUGUAUUCAAUCAGUUUUGGCCGCUUCUCUCAUUUUUUCCCUCCCAGUUUCCAAACAAGUCCUCAGUGAACAUCAUCGAAGCAUGACUGCCUGUCUGCAGGGAGAAGGAUUUCAUUUUUCUUCUCUGCUGGUCCCUGGGUCCUAGGCACAGAGAACUGACUGCAGCAAGGGAGGAGGCACAGUUCUUCCUCUUCCCCAUCUUAGUCUGAUGACAGAGGCUGAACUACAAACCCAAAUUCUGCAAAAAAAAAUAAAAAAAUAAAUAAUAAAUAAAUAAAUAAAUAAAUAAAUAAUAAGCCACAAAACUAAAAGGCCUGGCCCCAUCCUGGGAAAGGAAAAACUGCAUGAGACACAGCCUCCUGCCUCCUCUCCUCUCCUGAACUGGCUUCCUCUUUGAGAAAAUGCACAAAACCCUGGGAGAUGACAAGUACCAAGACUGACUCAAGCUGUGUCUUUCAGACCGAGGCGCAUCAGGGAAGCCAUAGGGCUGCUAUCAAGCCUUUUCUGGAUCCAGCCAUCAAGGACUUGUUUGUGGUGUGAUGCACACCCUUGUGAGUGUGUAUAAGAGGUCACCUGCUAGGUCUCUUUUGGAAAAAAAAAAAAUCAAAAAGUGGAGGGCACCACUCCAGAGGGCAGAGGUUUCUCCCAAGGUCUGAGCUCGUUGCCUGCAUCCUGUUUUCUUUGACCCUUCCUUUGAUGGUAAGAUCAUCAGCUGGGGUCUGAAGAAGACCUGGAAGGUACUUACUGACCCUGUCUUUUUUAGCAAGCAUCUCUUGGGAGUUUCAGCAGUGCUGGCUUGGACAACUGAAAAAGCACAUCCACGUCCUGCAUCCUGGGGGCUGCUGAGCCACCCACUGUAGAAUGGUAGCUGCUAGAAGACAGGCAUGAGCCAUUCACCACAGACAGAAAGAGCAGCCUGGCUGUCACUACUGGCCUCUGGGGUCUUCAUAUCUUGCCAUCUCAUCCAAGGUUCUGUGAAAGUUACGCAGGGUCCUCAUGUCCUUCCCUAGAGCCUGAGUGGUGUAAGGUGACAGGUCUCUCCACUGUCCCUUACUGGUUUAAAAAAAAAAAAUGGUGCUUGAUGAGGGAACCAGACUCUUCCCUGGGACUGACACAUUAUGGCUGCCAAAUGCUUGCAUAGGAAGAGGCGAACUGUGCAUCUUCCGCUGGUGGCCAAGGCAGGGAUGUGGAAGGUUGUGCCUAACACAAGCCUGACACACAGCAAGUACUCAGUAAAAAUAUGUUGCACUGACUGGUAAGAGCACUGGCCUCCUCCAAGCCAGAGAGCUGAAAGCCAUCACCCAGUGACCACCUCUUCCUUUCAGUCUACAAGAGCUCUCAAGGCUGGGUCAGCCAGCACUCUGCUUUGGAGUGUGGCAGCACAGGAGUGGAGAGACAGGAGAAUGGGCAGAUGUCAGCAAUACUAAGGGCUUCCUCCUGGGAGGGCAUGGGGCUCCACUCAUCGUCUUGUGACUUCCAUCCCUGCUGAGUGGGGAGCAAGGCUCCUUAAGGGAGAGGUCCUUACCUCUGAUCCAGUUAGAGCAAUAAUCACUUUUUAAAUGUAAAAUAAAAAGACAAAUGAAAAGGCACAUCCUUGUCUUCUGGUAAAUGCCCAAAUGUUGCCCUCUUUUUCUGGCAAUUGGCAGCAAGUCAGGAUGUGUGGAGGAGGGAAUCAGUUCUCUCUUCCAUUUUGGCCUGCAGCUUCUUAGGGACAUGCCUGCCAGCCAAGCUGGAGUUGGAAGGGAAUUCUUGAACAGAUGGGGGUGCACGUGUAGGAGAAGAAAAUAGCUGCUCUAUCAUCCUCUUUCUGAGGCUCCCCCAAGCCCAGCUUGGGCUGCCUCAUUGCAUAGGUAUGCAGGCUGGUGCUGUUUUAAAAAACAAAGGACUUUCCUCACUGGACCAGGCUGGGUGCUUUCCCUGGCUAAAGGAAUGCAGUUCUUAUCUCCCCAGGGUAGGGAAGGAGGGAAGAGGCUGCUUUCAGAGGUUCAGUAUUCACAGCUGCUGUUCUGGGCUGUUAAAGGAACAUCAAUGUGAUCCCAACAGCAAGCUGAAAGGCAGAGAGUAAUGAUGCCAUUAGCCAAUGAGCAAACCACUAAGUGGGGCACCUCAAAAAUUCCUGUUCAGAGUCAGGGAAAGCUUGGAUAGAAAAUGUCAGAUGAGCAGGGCUUGGAGUAGGCUAUUCAGAAAGUUCUGAAAGCAGAGGGAAGAUAGGUCUCAGAGACUAGGCGGGGAGGGAGGAGAGGAAAUAAAGAGCACACAGAAUUCUAAGCCAGCCUCAGAAAGGUACUCAGGCCCUCUGUACCCAUCUAGUUUCAACUGAUAAAAAAAAAAAAAAAA